CGACCAAUCACGGCGCGGUAAAUAAACGAGUGUUCGCGAUAAGCGCUGCGCGGCGCUGUCAACAUACGAUAGUGAGUUUUUGUGAGUCCUUAAUUGGGGGUUAGUGUACGUUAAUUAAACUGUGACUUCUGAAUUUUUCGAGGAUUGACAGUGGAGACGACGAAUUUUAAUAAUAUAAUUUUAUUUAGGCCUAACUGAUUUUGUGAGUAAGUGGUUGCCAAGUCGCGUAGUUACGCUGCCGUAGUGGGGUUAGGGGGCGCUGCUGCCUCGGCGCCAUGCCGGCAUGCUGCUGCCCGACCAGACGUACGAAGGCGCGCCGGCCCCGGCGCCCGCGCGGCUGCCGGCGCUGCUGCGCGCGCACCGCGUGCGCCCGGACUUCUUCUGCGCCAACCGCCCGCGCCGCUCUGCACACGCACGAGACGCGCGCAAGGCGGUGACGGAGGGUGCGGGUGGCGAGCGGCGGCGGCGCGUACGCCUUUCUGCUACGCAACAUGACGCGUCGUCAUCGAACGAGGCAGUCCACCUGCAGCGGCGGCUACUGAGCCUCAGCUCCGAGCUGGUGACGUUGCGGAACCACCUGCAUGUGGGCGCCAACGCCCCGCAAACAGCUACAGGUGGAGCCAGUGCCGCGCCUACCAAGCCCGGUACACCGCAGCCAGCUGUCCCGCCACGCGCGCCACACUUGCUGCCGCCGCCGGCGCCGCCCGUGCCGCUCGCAGCCCCACCACAGCUCCCCACUCACCCACCAGCUCCACCAGAGAGCAGAUGGCGUGGAGGCGCAGCGCCGCCGGCGCCCGUAGCGCCCGCGCCAACGCCGACGCCGACGCCGCCAGCCACGAGCGGCGCCGCCGACGUCGAUGACUUAAUACACUUGCGCGGGCCGCUCACGGAAGAUGCAGUGGUGCGCGCGCUGCAAGCGCGGUUCUACCAUAACAAAUUCUACACGUGGAUCGGUCCAAUCCUAGUGGCGUUGAACGGGUACACGGACGGGAGCAACGCGCUGACGUUAUCGGCCGCGCGCGCGCAACGGCCGGAGCUGGCGCGGCUUGUCCAUGAUGCAGUCAGGCAUCAGGCAGACACCGGUUACCCGCAGGCUAUCAUACUGUCAGGUGUAUCGGGAUCGGGCAAAACCUACGCGUCGAUGGUGCUGCUGCGGCGGUUGUUCGACGUGGCAGGCGGAGGGCCCGAGACCGACGCCUUCAAGCAUCUGGCGGCCGCCUUCACCGUGCUUCGCUCGUUGGGCGCUGCGGCCACGGCUGCCAACUCGCAUUCUUCGCGAAUUGGCCACUUCAUCGAGGUGCAAGUAACGGACGGUGCACUGUACCGGACCAAAAUCCACUGCUAUUUCCUCGACCAAACGCGCGUCGUCCGCCCGCCGCCCGGAGAGCGCAACUACCACAUAUUUUACCAGCUGUUAGCCGGACUCACUGCCGAAGAACGCACUGCGUUGAGACUCGAAGGCUACGCGCCCCAAGAUUUGCGGUACCUCGCUUCGCCAGCGCCACGACGGCCGGACCCUGAUGACGCGACACGUUUCCUCGCCUGGAAGACAUGUCUUGGAAUCCUCGGCAUUCCAUUUUUGGAUGUUGUGCGAGUUCUGGCUGCAGUGUUGCUACUUGGAAAUGUCCAGUUUGCGGAUGGUGCAGAAGGCGCUGAAACGGCUGGUGACGCUGAGCUGCAAGCUGCGGCAGCUUUGCUCGGAGUAGCGGCACCAGCUUUGCUACGUGGACUGACAACGCGAGCUGCCGCAAGAGGUCGUGCUGCCGCCCGUGCACCUGCAACCGCUGCUGCGGCUGCCGCAGCACGUGACGCCCUUGCCAAAGCCCUUUACUGCCGCACAGUCGCCACCAUCGUACGGCGAGCCAACUCGUUAAAACGCCUCGGCUCAACAUUAGGCACAUUGUCUUCGGACUCAAACGAAUCAGUACACAACCAGGAUGCGGCAUCACGUCGCGCGUCGACUAAUGGUGGGCGCGGCCGAGCCGGAGCCAAGUCCAUGGCAGUGCUUAACGACGCAGUGCGCCACGCCACAGACGGCUUCGUCGGAAUCCUUGAUAUGUUCGGGUUUGAAGACGCGGCUCCAUCGCGUCUAGAACACCUGUGUGCCAAUUUGUGCGCGGAAACUAUGCAGCACUUCUAUAACACACAUGUUUUUAAAUCAUCGGCGGAAUCGUGUCGCGAAGAAGAGGUGGGCGCGGCGGCGUUGGAAGUAGAUUACGUGGAUAAUGUACCGUGCAUAGAUCUGGUAUCAUCGCUGCGUGGUGGGCUUCUGGCGGCACUGGACGCUGAAUGUGCGGCGCGGGGGUCACCGGAGCAGUACGUGGCGCGAGUGCGAGCUGCUCAUCGCGGCCAUCCUCGUCUGGCCGAACCGCGUCAGGCAGGAGCGGCCGCCGCGCGCAGGUUCGCCGUGCGUCACUAUGCUGGAGAAGUUACUUACGACGCCAGUGAAUUCUUGGAUGCCAACCGUGACGCUGUGCCCGAUGAGUUGUUAGCAGCAUUUGACACGCGUGCCUGCGAAUUCGGUUUCGCGACGCAUUUGUUUGGGGCGGAGUUGAAGAUAUUGGCAGCGGCGGGUGGGCCGUCGGGCGGAGUAUUCCGGGCCUCGCCGACGGCGGCAGCUGCGGACGGAGGCUCUACGCUAACGCAGGACUUCCAUACGCGGCUGGACAAUUUGCUGCGAACACUGGUGCACGCGCGUCCACACUUCGUGCGUUGUUUGCGCGCGAAUCACGCCGAGGCGCCCAUGCUCUUCGAGCGUCAAGCCGUUGCCAAACAGGUGCGCGCUCUCCAAAUCCUCGAAACAGCUCAACUCAUGGCAAGCGGCUACCCGCACCGCAUGCGUUUCCGCGCGUUCGGCGCCCGCUACCGCGCGCUGUGGCGGCGCGGCGGCGGCGGCGGCGGCGGCGACUCGCUCGAGCGGGACGCGCCGGGCGCGUGCGCGGCGGUGCUGCGGGCCGUGGCGGCGGCCGCCGCUCCGCCCGCGCCGGCCUCGCCGGCUGCGGUGCGCUGGGCGCUUGGGAAGCGGCACGUGUUCCUUAGCGAGGGGAUGAGACAGGUGCUGGAACGAAUGCGGCGCGGGCGUCGCCAAGCAGCCGCCGAGUGCAUCCAGGCGGCGUGGCGGCGCCACCGCGCGCGCCGCGCGCCCGCGCCGCCCGCGCCGCCGCGGCCCCGCCCCGCGCCUAUUGCCGGUACUCCGCCGCCGGAGCCGACGGACAAGUGCGACCCACAUCUGGUUUCGAGGACCUGCUCGCUUUUCGGGCUAGACUUGGAGCGACCACCGCCAUUACCACCAUCGCGUGCUUACACCGUUGCUGGCGGCGUGAAGCUGGGCUACCCGCAACAACGAGCUGUUCUCUGCGAGUGGAACGAAGGCGACGCGGCGGGUGCGUUGCGGCUGCGGCCCGGCGACGUGGUCAUCGCUGUCGGCGCCGCGCGGCGCGGACAUGUGCAUGUUCAGGUCGGUACCAGGACAGUGGCAGUCCCGCACCGCGUGCUGGCGCCGCCGCGCGCGCCGCCGCCGCGCCUGCAGCCGCCGCCGCCCGCGCCGCCGCCGCCGCAACCCGCCUCUGCCUGACACCGCCCUAUCUUUGUCAUCCAAACAUAAUUAUUGUCUGCGAGGUGAAUUGUCUAAUUUUCUAAUUGGUGGCCAACUCGAUGAAAAGAGUAAUAAUAGCAGUACCACUAGUACCAAUCUUUUUAGGGCCACUUGCACCAACGAAAAUGGAGUCCCACCAUUUUAUAUGAAAUUUGACGGUUGACAGUAGGCCUGGAGGGCUUUCAGAAAUAUCUGACAGUCUUAGGCCCACUUGCACCAACGAAAAUGGAGGGUUGGGGAUGGAUAGGUUGUCUGUACAUGACGUAAAUCGAAUUGAACACAAAAUUUUCUGACAUUAAGACAUACAGUUCAUCAUGUCAGUGAUUGACUCGACAUGAAGUUAAGUUAGGUUCUAUGACGUCACUACAUGUCUGACAGCG